AUGGCAGUCAGACUCUUGACACCCUCGCGGAGUGAAGACGCGACUUCUAGAUCAGACCAGACUUUGGGGGUUUCACACAAAUCUACUUGUUUUAGUGGAAUCGACUCCUACCAGAGUCCUUCACGGCAUGGAAUCAUGAUAUCAGGCGAGGAUGAUGAAGAUUUGGAUGAAGCUGCUGAGCAGUACGCCGCUGACACCUGGAGCUGGGUAAGGUGGUUUGAAAGUGCAUGAAGGAAAACUUACUAAAUUAAUCGACUUCAUGUUGAGAAGACAUUUUUUAUUUUCCUGAAUCUGACAUGUGUUCAAUCAAAUCUGCGUUUGUAUGACAAGGAUGAAAACGCAAAAAUUAUAUUCCUGUUUUCUAUUUCAUCGAACAGGUUUUUAAAGUGUAAGCUCGGCCUAAGCGACACUUAGAUCAGGGAGUGUGUUAAAGUAAUCACCCCUGAAAGACGAUCUUCUCAGAUUAAAUCCUGGGUGGAGAAAAAGGGAGUAAAGAAGAGGGUGUGGGAUGACCUGGUGGAGCAGGUGAUCUUGUCAUUCCUUCUGCUUCAUUUUUAAGUGAUUUUGUAGAAAUUGGAGCAAAACAAAACAAAUUCAGUCAUAAAUUAAGCUGCAAGUGCACUUUUGGUCACAUUUAUUCACUGUCUUCCUUUUAUUUCUUCCGAGUAAAGUAGCUGGACUUAUUUAAAAAAUGUUCCUUCUCAUUUUUUCCUCUUUCUGAAGCCCUAAGUCCACCAUAAUUUCCAAAUCUGAGAGUGCUUAAAACCUUCUCUGACUCUCAUAAUCUUACUAAUCCAGAACAAAGACAUUUUUUCCUUUUAAUCACUGUAUCAGGGUUUGGCAGUUAUACAGCUAAUACUCCGGUCAGGUCUUAUGACUGUCAGGCCAGAGCAGCCAGAGCCAAUCAGCGGCCUUGAUAUCAACCAAGUGUGAAGAUUAUGCAACGAAUCUGCAAAAAAAAAAAAAAAAAAAAAAAAAAAAGACAGAAAAGAAAAGCAUGCCCUUGCUGUGGAAACUGAGCAGAACAACUGCUGCUUUUACUCCGUUUUUUGCACAGAGAAAUUUAGACUCUCUUGUUGCUGAAAACUGAUGAGGUGUCACACCUGAGUGCAUCAGGACGCUUUAGUUUGACAGUCCUGUUAUGCAGGUUUUUCUCUCACAUAUUCAAAAGCAGUCUAUGAAUCAAUCAAAUAUUCCUGGGAGGAUAUGCAGGUGUUACGUAAACAAACUGUUCGAACGCUCAGUCAGCUCACAGUGACUAAAAGGUAUCCAAACUUGUGGUUGGCUGUCGAGAAUGUGAGACCACAGCAGCUGGACACACCUCCGAGCACAGUGGGUGAACUUUUGGUGCUAAAUAAGGUCAAAUCACGAGUGGCACACUAAGCUGUUUUAAAACCGAGGAGAAGCAUGUAAAGUAAGGUCGAUGUGCUUUAUAAACAGAGAGAAAAAAAACUGGAUGGUUCUGUUUUUAUUCAGCUGACUGAUGUUGAUGAGCAGAUUGGUGACAUUCUCAUAUGUCAGCUUGUUUUUCGUACCCUGAUACUGGUCACAACACUGACCAUACAUGUAAGAUACCAAAACGCUAUCAUGUGCUGUUUGAAUCAAGAGCGCCGUGGCGAGUCCAGCUCUUCCUGGCAAAGCAGCUUGUUCUUAGAAACAUGUUCUGAGCAGCUGUAUGGAUCAUAUAUCACCGGAGAAUUCAGAGACUCUGGUCUGAGGGCAGCCUACGUGUAGCUGUGAACUGACAAGAGUGAAAAUGUCAUAUUUAAAGGGAUAUUCCGGAGUAAAAAUAAUUUAGGGCCAAACACACCGUAACACCGAGUUAGAUACCCCCUUGAGAGAUGAAUGUUGCCGACCGCUUGCUUACGGCGUGUUACGGCGUGUUUGGCCCUAACUUAAUUUUACGGCGGAAUAUCCCUUUAAGGAAAUUUGUAAAGAGAAGUGUCUUAUAAAAUUUUGAUUUGCGAGGUUAGCAUCUUUGGCCUUCUUAGUUCUUCUUAGUUUUGCACUAACACUUAAAAUCCAAUGCUGAUUAUGCAUUUUAAGUUUUAUUUUACAUUAAUCCUUCUGUAGUAAAUUGAAUAAUACUGCUCAGUGUUUGUUGAGGCUGCAGGUUUGUGCUCAAGACAAAGUUCCCAGAAUACGAAAUGAAACCAAACUCAAAGGUUUGAAGCCACAAAAAGACCCACAGACGGCCUCAGCAGAGCAAAACCAGACAGAUACUACGACACAUUUUGAUAUGAGCUGCUUCUUAAAGCUUACAGGAGCCGUGCAUUUUAAUGACAGACCCACCAAACAAAAAUACACAUUCCUCUUGCUUCUGGUUUGGUCCGCAGAGACUUCUUCUCUUUUCCAGUCUGGAAAAACAGUUAAGCUCCCGUGCACACCCACUUUGAACUGGCUCUUUUCGUAGAGGAGCAGCAGCACGUGAGCUUGUUGUAGCGUGUAGCCUGUAAACGAUUUGCUGGGAGGUCCACCAUGUAGAGAGUUUUUCACUGUCAUAAUGUUGGCAGUUUUCCAAAUUUUAAACAUACACAGAGGGGAGCUGAGGCGGGGAAUUCGCUGAAGAUUCAGGUCAUAAAACCUGUUAGACUUCGAUUCAGACUUGUGUAUAAGUGAGGUUAUAAUAGAUGAGAAAAUGAGCUGGAAACCGAAUAUCAAACAUAUACAGACCAAGUUAUCAAGAAGCAUUUCAGUUUUAAACAAAGGAAAACAGGUUCUGGAUCAUAAAUCACUCAGUAUCCUAUACUGUUCCAUUGUCUUACCAUAGAUUUGGGGAAAUAACUACAAGAGUUCAAUCAAUUCACUGAUUAUUCUUCAAAAAAGGGCAAUACAGGUCAUUCUUAGGCUAUGUUCAGACUGCAGGUCAAUUCCCAUUUUUUAACCAUCUGUGACACAUAUCUGAUGUUUUCAUCUAAGUGUGAACAGGUCAAUUCUGAUUUGUUCUAAUCCAACCCAGGCCAUUUCGUUUGUUUCGUUAGAUUUGUUUUGCAGUCUGGAGAGAGGCAUUUCGAGCGUUCUGCACGAACAUUAAAAACACAGGACACAUGCAGCAGACAGGUUAAAAACAGCACAGACCAAAGACACUGACAGGUACUCCCACUGGGGAGUCAAGAGAAUAAAUAAGAUAAUAAACAAAAGUCAUUGGAUAUCACUAAAAUGCCAGUAUGACCCUGUUAAGAGCAUGCUAAAAACAUCAAAGUCUGAUACAAAGGACAGUAACUACUAAUAAAUAAAAUAAUAAGUUAAUUAAGACCACGUUAGAAAAAGACAGACCACACAAAUGGAAGUGGAUUGUGUGAAUAACAUGAUUAACUUUUUGUCAUUUGUUGUUGUAUUCUUUACUUUUUUAUUAUUAUUUUAUACAAAUAAAUUUAAAUCAAUCAAAGUAAUAGUAGGUUAGGGCUGUAUCAGGACGAUGCAUGUUUAGUCUGAUGUGAGGCAAACAUUUAGAGAAAUGUAGGUCUACCUCAGCUCGGUGUAAUUAUUCAUUAACUCUAUGUCUGUGUUUGUCUGCUGACUCUAAAUAUUGGUCUUCCCCUGCUGCUGCUGCUGGCUUCAGUCAACCACAUCCUCUUGACUCACAGUUACACUACAGGGUCUCAGGUUAAACUGCCAACAUCGCAUGUGCUCUCAUGCUGGGCUGUGAUUGGCUGGAAACAUCACCUCACUGCAUCAGGCUGACUCGGGGACUUCAGACGACAGACGGUGACGUAGAGCCGCUGGUCACCGCAACUCGUUUAGUGAAAUUAGUCAUAAAGUGUGAUAAGUAUUACAUUAGAAUAUAUGUGUUAAAGCUCUUUUACUGUUUAUCAUCAUAUAUUUCAAUCACAAUCGGUUAUAGUGAUAAACUUUACUGAUUUUCUGUCACAAUCUUCGACAUAAUCUUCAUACAAUCCGUUAAAACUCCGGAUUUUCCCUUUUAAAACACCAUUUUCAUGUAUAACAUACGUCUUUCUGUUUGUGGCAGUAAUUUUGCUGCCACUGUGGCAGAUGAAACCCUCAACUCUGAUUGGUCGGUGGGCGGGUCUUAGCUGCAGGUGAUGUCACCAACAGACAAGCCUCCUCGAGAGGGAGAGUGGGGGGGAUAAUGUGUAUCGGGUUGACUUCGUUAUUAGUCUGUAUUAUGUCGGUGUGAAGUCCGUGACAACAACCCAGACUUUUACUAAACACUUUAAAAACACCGAGUUUUGGGGAUUUCCGCCUCUGAAAUGUCGCGUCUGAGCGCCGGUCACCGCUGAGGAAACGCCAAGCUCCGUGUGUUGGUUAAAAAGCUGUCAGACUCCACAGCUAUACAAGGUAUGAGCCUAUUUUUAUUCCAAAUAUGACUGCACCUGACUGUCUUAUGUAAUAUUUAAUGUUUGGACUUCAUAUUCCGUCUAUUUCACCUUUUUUUAAUCACUAACAUUGAGCUCUUUUGCCAUUUAACAUUCAUUUACACCUAAUAUUUCAGAUAUUUCACCCCUGACAGGAUGUUAUGAGUCAGCUGUACGUGAUUUAAAAAUGUCUCUCCCUUUUAAUAUGUGUCUUAUGUAAGAAACAGGUAUUGUAAUGCAUCCUAAAUUGAUUUAAUUAUACAUAACCUGUAUGUCCCAUUUGCAAAUGCUCUUAUUUUGUAUUAUGAGGCAUGUGAUUCAGAUUGGUGGGACAUGAGACUCUGUAUUUUAUUCCAAACACAUCACAGAGGUGAAAACACAGAUCAGCCCUGCAAGAUUCCUGCCUCCAAGGAAAUCAUCAUAACUGCAGCCUGUAAAAUCCAUGACAGUAACGAGCGAACACGAGUUAUAUCUCCUUUUUUUUAAACAGCCACUCUUCUGUGAAGCCGAGCAGAGCCGUCUGUGUUCUCAGACACCCUUCCUCUUUUCUUGUGUCAUCUAUAACACAAGAGGAGCUAUUUUUAGACGGGGCCGUGUUCACAUUAAAAGUCAUCCGCUUUGAUAAUCAGCAGGAUUUUGCCAGCGGCUCUGUAACCCAAUCCUGCAGUGAAAAGUGAAAUGAAUAAUUAAAGAUAGUGAAGGUCGUCCUUAAGAGUGUCUCAGGAUACAGACAGACUUCUGGCUCCUCACAUACAUCUGCUGCUUUAAUUAUGGAGCCAUAUACUCUCCCGUAUAGGGGGCUGUUGUAAUGCUCACGUGUGCUCUGGAUAGGGGGAUAUGUUGGCAUUAUCCCAAGCUUGUCCUCCUUGUUGCUGCAGUCAUCUGGGGGGCCCCAUUACCAUCCAAGGGAAGGUCAGAGCCCCUUUACUGAUACAAGACAGCUGCAAACUUGUACGAUCUGUAGAAAAACACAUGUCAUUUCAAUCUGUAGUUGUUUUCAUAACAGAUACUGUCAUUUUAUCUUAUUUACCUCCUUUAAAGUGAAGCUAAAUUGUUUUCCUGACCUAUUUUUGCAAUGUGAUUGAUUUAGCGGAUCAAAUCAAAGACAGGAACAUAAAGAAAGGAGCAACACCAGAGCUGAGGAGUCAGGCGUCAAAUCGAAUUACAUAUAUUCACCAUGAAGUUGUUGUGUAUCUAUGCUCAUUUAAUGAAUAGCUUUCAAACAAAAACAGAUUUUUUAACUUUAUUGAUAUUUUCCAUAUACAAAGCAUGUUGAAAAAUAAUGAAAGUCAUGAUAUAUACCCCUCUCUCCUCACCCACCCUCCCCCUUAGGAGGCAAAUAAGAAGGUAAACAACAAAAGCUAUAGAUAAAUAUAGUUCACCGAAAUAUAUUAACAGUGUUAGAAGGAGUGAGUGUAUGAGCUAAGAGCCAAAAAAUUAAGUGAAUAGAUAAAGGAGGAGAACUAUAAAUAAUAAAAAAGAUCAAAAACAAAGAUUAAAAAAACUAAGAUUUCUAUUAUCUGCACAGUAUUUCCAGAUAAUAAGUGACAGCAUUUCUCACCGAUUCCCCAAACUGCUAUCUCAUACAUACAGGGAUCAAGCAGCAAAAACAAUAACAGUUUUUCACUGGUUGAUGGAGAUACUAACUUAAUUCUAGCCUGUUUAGAGUUGUCCCUAUUCGGAUACCAGCAUUAAUACCAGCCGAUGAUACUGGUAAAAACUGAAAUAUCACGUAUCAGUCAGUAAAUAUGUUUCCAAACAACAGCAGUGUGAUUCCAGCUCAGGGUGUCGGUCAGUAUUCUUCUCUUCAAUAAUAUGUACAUUUUUGUAAUCCUGCUGUCAGUAUAUCACUGAGUCAUGAUUGUACUAACAGCAGCCACAGUCUGAAAUGCUGACUCAGCCUAACUUUCCCAGCAAGAGGCAAAAAGGUGCAGUUGAGGAAGGCCUUUAGUCUCGAAUAAUGAGGGGUGUCCCGAUACAACUUUUUUACCUCCGAUACGAUAAUGAUGUUGUUGCCUUCUAUAUCGGCCGUUACCGAUAUUUAGCUGAUGUUGGCACAGACUUGUGCAUGACAAGUUUUGCAGUCAGCUGUAAUGUCUUUUUUGGACUUUCAUGAAAAAUACUGCCACAAGGCCGACAUCACUCCUACUCCUUGCUACUUUGUUAGUACCUUAGUACACGCUGUUGUUGUGAUAAUGUGGGCGCUGCUAGCUAAAGGUGCCAGAGUGGAGUCUGGAAUAGACUGCUUGUAUCGGAGUGCUGAUAUCAGAGAUUUUAGAUGCAGGCCGAUAUAUUCUGAUAUCUUUUUUUUGGCUGAUAUUGGACUGAUAUCAAUAUUGCAUCUGGACAGACCUACUAAUAAUGCAAAGUUGAUCAUCUUAAUAUCCUCAAGAUUACUUGUAUUAAAAAUUCACCUCCUGCACAGCGUAGGAAGAUUGAUAAAUGAGCUAAUCUGAACCAAAUCACUUUUACUCCUCCGCAUGUUUACAUUGCUAUGAAAAUGGACAUUUUGUAUGGAUGUGUUUGUGGCUUUUAGGCUUUUGGAGUCAGCCUCUAGUGGACACUCUUGGAACUGCAGUUUUAAACACAAGUUUUAAUUUUAGCCAAUCAAUGGUUAAUAAUUACGUGAUUUACGGAGAGAAGUUUUUGGAUAUUAGACGUGAAAGGAAAAGAUUUGACUGGAGAGCGAGGAGGACUUUGAGUGUAUCUAUAGUCUACAGUGAGACCGGUACACCGCUGUAACCUUAGCCCACUGCUUUUGUAAGAAUAUCCGACGACCUUCAUGACAUUUGCAUUGGUAACAUUUGAAUCCACAAGUACAUAAUUCAGGUAUAAGAUCCUGUGAGAUCUCAGCCAAUAAACUUUGUCCAAGGUGAUGACAUCACCGUCACUACAGCAGUAAGACUGGUCUAACUUAGUUUGGCCUUUGACCUCGGCUGUCUGCAGUCGCUGAAUGGAAAACAGGUGGAUAGGAUUUCCAGACUUAUCAGGAUACAGAGGAGAGGGUGCCAAGGUCCGCAUUCUCGCAGUAUGUAGGACACGGACUGUUCUGGAGAGGGCUACCAAACCCGGUUUAUGUCAAUCAGUGAGGGUCCGAGUCGACCUCGGAUCAGUGUUGGAAUACCUUCACCUCAGGCCGCCUGAAGAGGAGUUGGAGGUGUGGUUUGAUUGACAGAUGGAAGAAUGCCGGAUCAUAAACACCUCCUUGUUUGAAGGUUGUUUGAGUCCGAGUCAUGUUCUUGUCAGUUCUUGCGAUUCCUUCUGUCCGUAAUCCGCCACGGAAUUCGCCUUACAAACAGAUCCGGUAGGAAUUGACAGACGGCGGAAAUUGCUCCCGUUCCAGAUCGGAAUUGUUCUGGAUGUGGUGAAAAUUGGGGGUUACAGCUAAAUUGAGUGUGUUAUUAUUCCAUACAGAACAAUUUAUUUCCCUUUUUCAGAAACUAAUCAUUUCGAGUUUUCACCCCCAGACCCGUCAGACCAUGAACUACGUGGGCCAGCUGGCAGGCCAGGUCUUCGUCCAGGUCAAAGAGCUCUACCGAGGCCUCAACCCCGCCACCCUCUCCGGCUGCAUCGACGUUAUCGUCGUGAGACAACCCGAUGGAUCCCUGCACUGCUCGCCUUUCCACGUUCGCUUCGGGAAGAUGGGCGUCCUCCGCUCCAGAGAGAAAGUGGUAAGGAGAUCAACUAAGAAUCCUACUAAAGUCGUAUCCUCUCAGACACAUGAGGAUUAAGGCCUUUCCCACCUUGUGUCCUUGUCUCCUUCUCCUCCAGGUGGACAUGGAGAUUAACGGAGAACCUGUAGAUCUACAUAUGAAGCUCGGGGAUAACGGUGAAGCCUUCUUCGUGCAGGAAACAGAAAAUGAUCGGGUAUGAAUCACCGUAAUUAUCUUAUAGCGGGUAUUCAAAGUGCGGCCUCUGUGUGCAAAAUUCAAAUAUAAACAAGCUUCCUCCUCCCUCCUGACGCCCUCAAAGCGUAGUCGCACCCGUGUUUACAAGUGGUAAGAGUGACUGAGCGAUCCUGGCUCUUACACACAGUCACAGUUUGAACAAGGUUGAGCUGUGUGCAGAGUUGGCACGGUGACCAGGAAUUUCUUUUUUCUCCUUUCCUUUUAGACUGAAAAGCACAUUCCUCUGUGCAUUAGAGAGUGAACGCAGCAGUAACUCACUCAGGCUCCCUGACCUAUAUAUUACAUACAGGGACCAAGCAGACUUUCACACAAACAAAUACUCUCACACCGACUCUCUAAGUAGGACACGUCGACUUUUAUUAAAGGAGACAAGUUUGAAAGAGUGAAUAAAAAGUUUGAAACUCAUGGAAAACUUUUUAAACUUUUACUGAUUAAAGGAUUCAAGACACACAUUCCUUCAUCAGAGAUACGAUCUCUCCCUUUUGUAUGUACAUGAGAGCGUGUGCAGCUGAGGGGCACAAACAAGCGGUAAACUUCUGAGGCACCAGCGAGGGAAGUGGGUGAUUUAUCCUCCCCAGAGAGGUGUCAGAUUCCCAGGCCUGGAGGGGAAGUUUUAAGGGAGGAGGAGGAUUGUGUCUGUGAACCCCUGUUUUUUUUCCCUCUCUCUGCAAAAGGAAGCCAAAAACGUGAGGGAGCAUUGUCCGACCACAAAUCACGUGAUGAAACCUCAGGCUUUCUUCUCCUCCUCCUCCUCCUCUCCCUCCUGGAAAUCCUCCUCUUUUCCUAGAAGGAGAUAUUUUGCCUCUUUUCACAGAAGUCAGGAACAAGUUUUGGUUUAGCCGCCUCUCUCUGUGGUUCACAGAAAGUCAACUCAAAGCAGACAAGCCUGCAAACAGUUAGGCAGGGAUUGUGCAAAUCACUCCCAGAUUUGUCCCAGAUUUGAUUUGAAUGUUUAUUCGUCUUUACUCGUUUAUUUCUCUAACUGUAAAUCCCUUUUUUUCUCUCCUCCUUCACCAUUUAGGAAGUGGUUCCCUCCUACCUGGCCACGUCUCCGAUCUUAUCUGACGGGGUCAUCAUGAUGAGCUCCUCCUUGAUUGGAAAGAGCUCCGGCCCGUCCAUACAGACCCUGGGCUCCACGGGGAUCACGGGAGAGAGCGGCGGCGUGUUGAUGAAGAAGAGGAGGAAGAGGAGGAGGAAGGCCAGGGCCGACAGCUUGAGGAGGGAGGAGAGCGGGGAGUACUCGGAGGACGACGACAUGUUUACCAUCGAUAUAAGCUCUGAUGAAGCAGAGAUGGAGAGGUGAGGGGGAGAGAAAAGAGAAGUAGUCCACGUGAGCGAGAGAAAAAGGAGAAGAAAAGGGAAGCUCUUAAAAAACCAUCAUACAUCAGUGAAACGAGCUUUCAAAGCAGCAGACCUGAAUAAACACACCGGCGUCUGCGCCGCUGAAGCCUCCAGCUGUGGCGCUCGCACAUGCACACACUAAGAAGACAUUAGAAGACGGCGUUAAAAUACACACCACGUCAGCUGAGCGGUUUUUACUGGAAGCUUUGCAUGAGAAAGAGGAAAUAUUUCCCCCUCUGUGUUAUAUUUAGUCCAGGAGCGCACGUUUCACGAGAGUACAGCGAGUCAGCCUUGGGUGUGUAUUUGAUCCUAAAGAGAGCAAAAGGAGGUCAGGCACGCAGCUAUAGGAGCCGUGUCGACCCUCCAACAUACAGUUGUCGAUGUCAGAGUCCAUUCAUCAUGAAUGAAGGCCGAGCAGAUGGAUUUAUUUUCUUCUCUCUGCACGUGAGACAGAGAUCCGUUACAGCUGAAAUCUAGUUCAUGUCUUAUUUACACUCCUGGAACAAAAAUAAACAUGUAAAUCCAGUGUAAACAAUCUGUGUGACAAUCUGUUUCAAUAAGCUGAGUUAACCUGAACUGAACCAGAAGACUCGACUCAGGGCAGACCAAUUCAGGGAACUCAAGGAGAUUAGCAAAAUGGUUAAUUUUACUUUAAUUACAUAAACAUAGGGCUGGGCGAUAAACCGAAAAUUUACUGAUACUGAAAUUUACGACAAUAACCAACGUCAUUUUGCUCAUAUCCGUGUUUGGUGUCCAAAAACGAAAUAAAUCAAAGUUGGAUUUGGAUGUGUGUAAGUAGGCUAUGGUCUCAUGUCCCUUUUAGAGACGUGACUCCACCCCAUCCAGUCUGUAACAAAGAGGGAAAGACAGGUGAGGAGAUGGAGGACGGUUCAAAAGUUGGAGCAGCUGAAGUAGACGAAGUUAAUGUGGGAGGGGGUGAGCAGCUUGUGGAGAAGUUAUCACCCAUUUAUCGUCAUAUUUAUUGAUAUUGAUUUGAGGCCAUAUCGCCCCGCCCUAAUUGACACUUAAAAAAGACUAGUAGUGACUGGAGGCUUUAGACUUGAUGUUUGUUUGUUCUGGUGUGAUUAAGACCUGUGAUUCAUACUGACUCCUCUGUGUUUCAGGACUUCAUCUCGGGACAUCUUAAGAGAUGAAACAGCCGUCGGUUCGAGCAGCAGCUCCGUCAAACAGAGCGGCAUCUACACUCGUUCAGAUGGAGACUGGAGUCCCAUUCAGAGGUGAUUUAUUUGCUUCCACGGCGACGAUCAAUUCUUAUUUUCCAGAUUAAACGGUCCCUCAAUUUAUUCUCCGUCCUCUCUCAGCCCUGGAAACUCUCGUCCCGGCUCGCCCAAGAGCGACUCUGAGCUGAUGACCGAACCGUCGGACACGACCAAUCAGAAUCCAGCCAUGCACUGGGCGUGGGGGGAGCUGCCUCAGGCUGCCACGGUAACCAAAGUUUACACUUUACAUUAGGGGUGUCCUGAUAUGACUUUUUGACUUCCGAUACAAUACCGAUAUUGUAUUCUGAUCCGAUAUUGGCGCAAACUUGUACAUGACAAGUUUUUCGGACUGUAACGAAAAGUACUGCCACAAGUCCGAUAUCACUCUUACUCCCUGCUAGCGCUGAUAUCUGAGAUUUUAUGCUGUGUUCGAGUUACCUCGAAAGUCAGAAGUCCAAACUGAACAUGACGUCACACCUGAGUUCCUGGUGUUUCAGUUACCAAGUCGGAAAAAAGCAAAAUCUGAGGCGAAAACAAGAUGGCUACAUCUACGAAGGUUAUUUUAGCGCUAUGUCGGAAUAGGCAAGUGCUAAAAUAACUUGCUUUUUUCCGACUUAAACACCGGGAACUCAGGUGUGACGUCAUUUUCAGCUCCGCCAUCUGACCUCUGAGGUAACUCAAACGCAGCAUCAGAUGGAAGCCGAUAUAAUCCGAUAUUUUUUUUUUUUUUUUUGCUGUUUUUAUUUUUGACUCUCUUCCCUGUUUUUCCAGCCCUCCUUCCUCCCAGUCAAGUCCGACCCCCCACCAGUUUGCCCAGUAUCCAUCCCAGUGUCUGAAAGCACGCACUUCAGAGUCAUAACUCACGAGACGUCCUCACAGCAGUGCGCGCCCCGCUCCGAAGUUUCGCCGUCACUCAGGUUACAGAUGCAGGAGGAGCGCGCUCAGUGUUCACAAACCGUGUUCACGGUUGGGAUGGAGUCAGAGGCCAUGGCUGUGGAGUCGCAGACUGUUGUUACCACGGAGACGCAGGUUACAACAAUCGGUGGGGCGGCGGCUUGUAUGAUAUCAGAGAUGGAGGAGACGAAGACUCGUCUGCUGAGCAAGACGGACUCGCCGUCCAAGAAGAAAGGUAACAUUCACGGAUUUUGUAAUGACCUUUAAAACCGAGAUUUAAAUACAACAAACAAGUUAUCGCUCUAUUUUUAGACAAGAGGAGCCGCCAUCUUGGUUCUGACGGCAUCUACCUGGAUGACAUCACAGACCUGGAGCCUGAAGUGGCCGCUCUUUAUUUCCCAAAGAGGUAUUUAGAGUCACAUGAUCACAAACACAGAGGAAACAUGUUCGGAGGGUUCAUGUUGUUAAAAACACUCCUGUGAUCCUGCAGUGAGAGCGGCGCAGCAGUCAGGAGUAUCUCAGACCCGGGUCUCCACAGCAACAGCCUGUCCCCGCAGUUCAUCAGCUCCGGAGGGGACAGCGGGGUGGACAGCUACUGCGACAACAUGGCCGACCUGCCGGCCAUCACGAUUUCUCUGUGUGGGGGACUGAGCGACAACAGGGAGAUCACGAAAGGUGAGACGGUGACGCUGUCAGCUAAACACACGAGCAGUGUUCACGCACAGAAAUAUAAAUGUGUGUUUGUGUGUGUGUGUGUGUGUGUGUGUGUGUGUGUGUGUGUGCUUACAGAGCAGUUCCACGAGAAGAUGAUCUCAUAUCAGCAGUUUGCCGAAAACCCCUCGAUCAUCGACGACCCCAACUUGGUGGUGAAAAUCGGCUCAAAGUAAGAUGUUCAUCUUGGUCUAAAUAAAACUUUAAAAGUUAAAUGUGACUUUAUGAUUUAUAAAACCUUUUACCCCCAAUUUCCACCGCAUCCGGAACAGCUACGAAAAAGUUGUAUCUGCCGAUUGUAGCUGAUCGUAACCAUUCAAGUUAACAUGUCAAUUUCCACCGACUUCUUCGGAUCGCCGGAUAAAUUCAGCACAGAUUAACCCGUGCUGGAAAGGAAGUCGGGCACAGAGACAAAAUAAAACAUCCGGCUUCUUUUCAAAAUAAAACACUCCGUGUUUCAGGAGGAUCGUAUUUCACACCAUGCAAACGGGCGGAGACGAACAAGUGAAAGGUUUUUAGAUAUAUAGAUAUAUAGAUAGAUAGAUAGAUAGAUAGAUAGACUUUAUUGAUCCCAAACUGGGAAAUUCUCAACACAUUGUCAGACGUCAUUUCACCCCGAUGACACCAUGGAUGAGGAGAUGCUGAUUCUAGACCUCUAGAAGUAGAUUUCCUCCUCUGGAACGACACAAUCUACUGCUUAUAUGUCUAUGUGUCUGUCUUUAUGAAGACAACUUGUUAUCGCACGAUUACACAUGAAUCCUCGGGUUCUUGUCUGUAAUCCGCCACAAAAUUGGCGUACGGCAAAAAUCGAGCCGUUCAAGAUGCGGUGGAAAUCCCGGGUUAUUACGUUUAAGAAUGUCUUUUUUUUCCUGUGUUUUUAUUUCCCUCUGCUGUUAUGAAACAGAUUUUAAAAAAACCCGACGUUGCUGUUUUUCCUCCUCAGGUACUAUAACUGGAGCACCGCAGCUCCUCUCAUGUUGGCCAUGCAGGCCUUCCAGAAACCUCUGCCAAAGGUGAGACAUGAACACAGACACUCAGAUCAGAUACUCCUGACUCAGACUCGCCUGGUUACGGCUCAUGAUUUCCCCUUGUGGCCAAAAGUGGAACUGCUUCAUAAAUCUCUGCAUGCUCUUUUUACAUUCAUGACAGGAAACAUAAUUAAUAACUAAUAACAUCACAUGUUGAUGUUUUUGUUAUUGCAGAUAAAACACUGAAUCUGUUUGUGUUUCUCUGUUACCCUCUUUAUUUCACUUUCAUUCAUUCAUCGGUUAGUCUUCUUGCCUCAGUUAUCUUCACUCUACCUUUGAGUUUUUCCUCUGUUGUCUGACCGACAUGCUCGGCUUCACCUCCGUACGUCUAAACACCUCUCUAUCUCACGCUCUCUCGGCUCCUCCCUCCACUCAUCAUCUUCUCCUCCUUCCUCAUUCUUCCUCCUUUUAUCAGACUCUUCAUCUCAACACGCCUCCCAGACACACAUGCUUUCUCUCUUUCCUCAUUCUCCUCACCGACAUGUUGUUGUUAUUAUUGUGUUGAUUUCUAGUUUUGGCUUCAGUUUUUUAAGUGUUGUGUUUGGGGUUCGUGUGUGUGUGUGUGUGUGUGUGUGCUCCUCGCAGACCGCGGUGGAGAACAUCAUGAAGGAGAAGAUGCCCAAGAAAGGAGGGAGGUGGUGGUUCUCCUGGAGAGGCAGGAACAGCAGCUCUAAAUCGGUAUUUCUCCUCUUCUUUGUGGAUCAGAUUUGAUCUCCUGAAACGUCGCUUUCACUCUUUUCUGAAAACGUUUCUUCUCCUGCAGGAGUCGGCGUGCGGCUCCGCUGAGCAGGCGGGGAUUAUGACGGGCAGGUGAGGAACCACAAAGGGUCAAAAAGAGGUCAAACAUCCUCUCUGUGAGGACCGAACCGUCUCUAAUCAAUCUUCAUCAUCACAGGCGUAAAGAAGAGUCCUCCUCCAGCGAUGAAGACCACAGGGCCAACCUGAGCUCCAGCCAAUCAGAGUCCGGGAACGUGUCGUAUAAGAAAACACUGCGGCUCACGUCAGAGCAGCUGGUGAGGAAAACACACAGAAAAUCACCUACUGUUGCUUUAUCACAGUCAGACUUUAAGGUUUCCUCUUCCUCUCUCUCUCCUCUCUCUCUCUCUCUCUCUCUCUCUCUCUCUCAGAUGUCUCUCCAGCUGCAAGAAGGUCCGAACGAUGUCGUCUUCAGCGUGACCACUCAGUACCAGGGAACCUGCCGCUGCCAGGGGACCAUCUACCUCUGGAACUGGGACGACAAGAUCAUCAUCUCAGACAUUGAUGGAACCAUCACCAGGUGAGUGAGAAACAUGCACCAGGGCUCGACGGUGCGACCGUUUCACUCAUAUAUGGGACUAAAAAUAGAUGUAAGCGAACUGUAAAAUGUAUUUAGGGUCACAUUUGCGUGUAAAAAAAUUCAGACAUUUUGUUAAAUCUGAUCUUUUUGUGCGGUCGUUCACAUUACAACAACGAAUCACUAAAAUAAGUUCACUGAAAAGAUUCGUUCAAAAGAUUCGUUCACCAAAUCACCGAAUCAUGUAGUGCUUGGCGGGACGAGCCUGCGACUCCGACCUCUUGAACUGAUUCACGGCUGAACGGUUCAGGAUUCGGUUUCUGAGACCGGGAGACGAGAGUUUUUGUCUGUGUUACUUAAACAGGUUUGUAAAAAUUAACUUGUUUAUAAGUCAUGAUGUUGUAAAUGUACUGUCCUUUGGUAUGCUAUUUACCAUUUGUUACAUGCUGUGUCCUUUUGUAUGCAAGUUGUUGUGGUGACAAUUUAGCAGCAAAAAAAAAGUUUGUUUUGUCCGACAGAAAUGAUUCCAGAGAGUGAAGUUCAAUGCGUGAUUCGUUCAAGUGAUUCAGACGUCGGUGCAUGCGGUCCCUCGUUCGACUGCCAAUGCUGUUUCUCACUUCAGCUCAACUGGAGUGAGAAACGAACGAAUCACUCGAGGAAGUGAUUCAGUUCAGUACGUUCACUUAAAAGAUUCGGUUCUUUUGAACGAAUCGUUUGCGAACAACACAACACUAUUGGAUAUUCGACGGACAUUCACCGCAGAUCUCCUGGUGUCUCCUCACUCUCUAAAACCAGGAAUAACAACAGCAGCGCGGUUAGAUCUACUCGACACCCUCACUGUCAACGUCGGUGUUGAAUAAGGGACCGUCAAUAAAUUACCGGUUGAUGUUCUUAGAAAAGGCUGUUUUCCUUCGAUGGCUUCCAUGUCAUGUGACCAAUUGACAUAAAAUUGAUUUCAAGUAAUAGUACUCAGGUCGGACAAUGAGACAAACAUUAUUUGAUUAAUUUUUAUUGUGUCCCUAAAGUUCUUUGUGUGCCCCUUGUGAAAAAAGUUUGUGUCUGAUGUGACUCAUAUUUGUUUCCUUCAAGGUCGGACACCCUGGGUCACAUCCUGCCCACCCUGGGGAAAGACUGGACCCACCAGGGUAUCGCACACCUCUACCACAAAGUCAGCCAGUAAGAACUUGUUAAAAAAAACAAAAGAUGCUCCUGGUGACGCUUUUCCAUCACUGACACGUUUCCUCUCAUCCUAGAAACGGGUACAAGUUCCUGUACUGUUCGGCCCGAGCGAUCGGCAUGGCCGACAUGACCCGGGGUUACCUCCACUGGGUCAACGAGAGGGGCACCAUGCUCCCUAUCGGCCCCGUCCUGCUCAGUCCCAGCAGCCUCUUCUCGGCCCUGCACAGGUCAGCCACGCAACCACGCAUUAUGUAAGGAUGUUGAGUUUGGCGGCUGUCGUUUCAUCCCUGCGGUGUGUGUUUGUGUGUGUUUGUGUGUUUUAUAGGGAGGUGAUCGAGAAGAAACCGGAGAAGUUUAAGAUCGAGUGUCUGACUGAUAUCAAGAACCUCUUCUACCCGAACACACAGCCGUUUUACGCCGCCUUCGGAAACAGACCCACAGUACGUAGAUCAGUCACAAUGCAGAUGUCUCACAUUUAGUCCUAAAUAAAUCUAGAUAGUUUGAAUCCUAACUGCAGUUUUCUUCGUCAUACUUUUAGGAUGUUUAUUCCUACAAAGAAGUCGGAGUGCCCCUGAACCGGAUCUUCACUGUUAACCCUAAAGGCGAGCUGGUGCAGGAGCACGCAAAGACCAACAUCUCCUCGUAAGUCCUGACCCUGGUCUGAACUCUUCCUGUUCUUGGAGUCACAGAGGAUAAGUUCUCCUCCUCUCCUCCUCUCCUCCUUCUCCUUCUCUUCAGGUAUGUCCGUCUGGGUGAGGUGGUGGACCACGUCUUCCCUCUGAAAAUGCGAGCGUCCUCCUCGGACUUCCCCUGCUCGGACACCUUCAGCCAUUUCACCUACUGGAGGCAGCAGCUCCCCCGUGUGGACCACCGUGGUACUACACCGCCGCAGAGUCCUUGCCCUGAAAGCUGA